UAUCGUGCGGCAUGAUUAUCUAAACAUUUAUGUGUUUCGUCGGCUCUGUAAAAUAAUUUAAAAUGAACUUAAGCACUAGAGUUAUGCUAAAUAGGCUGGCGCAGCAAAGUGCCUACAAGCGGAUUGUCACAUUCUCCACCAAGGCAGCGGAACAUGCUGUUGAAAGUCAGGAGGAUGAGAAGAAGGAGAAGAUUCUAUCUGCCACACCUACUCCACCAUCACCUCCUCUGACCCGCAAGCCUAUUAUACCGACGAAUUAUCGGUUCGUUUACCCAGAGUUCCUGCCCGAUCCGAAAGUGGAGUGGAGGAACCCCAUCCGGGAGAAGCUAGAGCGUCUGGAUAUGCUGGACCGGCGUAGGCAGAUCGAUCUGCCCGAGUUCUAUGUGGGAUCAGUGUUGGCGGUGACUAGUUCGGAUCCCCAUGCUGCCGGCAAAACGAGUCGCUUUGUGGGCAUUUGCAUCAAUAGGGAUCGCUGUGGAUUGCGCGCCCGUUUUAUCCUUCGCAAUGUAAUUGAUCACCAAGGCAUGGAGGUGGUCUAUGAGCUGUAUGACCCCACCAUCCAAAAAGUGGAGGUUCUCCGCCUGGAAAAGCGAUUGGAUGACAGUCUUUUCUAUCUGCGCGAUGCUCUGCCGGAGUACAGCACUUUUGAUGAGAAUAUGGAAGCGGAGCCACUGGAGGAUGGUGCUCCAGUACCGGUCAACGACAUUAAGGUAGUGCUGCGACCAAGACCUUGGCUGGAACGCUGGGAGCGCCAGAACCUGCGCGGCGUGGCCAAUAUUGAUGAGUACCUAAAGGACAAGCAUCGCCUGUCGGCGGCCAAGGUGCAGAAGCCUUGGGAGAAGUACGACAUGAUGAAGGACUACCGCAGCUCGAUUCCGGAGGAGGAGCAGACGGAGAUCUUCGCCGAGGUGCACACGGAAUUGCACACCUUGGAGCUUCAGCGGAAACGCAACAAGCGAAAGCGCACAUUUGUAAAGCCCAAGCACUUGGCGUAAUUGCAUUUGUUGUUCACUUUGUAGAUUAAUAAACUCGGAAAAUUGUUGAAAGAUAACUUAAUAAUAAUAAAUCACUGCAAAUGAUGUAUUGAAUAUAUAAAAGCA